AUGAGCCACACGCACAGACGAGGCCUCGUCAGCGAUUUCAGUAUCGAGCGGAUACUCGCCAAAGACACCGCCGCCAGCUCCGCCGGCGCGCCACCCUGCUCCUCGGCUUGCGUCGCUAACGGCAAAGUCAACCGGCCGAGGAACGACUGCGCGUGCCAGACCAACGAGUCCGAGUCCGAAACCGAUCGGCCGGACGCCCACCAAACUCCAAAGGACAGUGUGGAAAUAGUCAAUCGUGCUUGCGACAUGGGUCCUGCACAAAUCAACGAAGAGCUCUCGUGGUUGCGAUGUACGAGAUAUCACCCACCGAAAAUACCACGCAGACCGCCUGUCGAUAAAAAUUUAAAAAGGACCCCAGGAAGAUACCCACGAAUACCAUUCACCAAAUACCAAUUGGAUGCAAUGGAAGAGAAGUACCAAAGCAGCGCUUAUCUGUCCCGCAAAGAUGUCAUGUACUUAUCAGAAGUAUUGCAACUUCCUCAACGUAGAAUAAAAAUUUGGUUUCAAAAUCGACGUGCCAGAGAACGAAGGGAAUCUCAAAUGUUUACGCAGACGCAUUCGGGUAAAAGUUAG